AUGGCUCGAAAGUCCCAAAAGAAAGGUCGCCAGGACGUGCCAAAGGGCGAAAAGGGCAAAAAGGGCACUGCUGCACUCCCAAUAUACCAGACCGCUGUUGAGGAUGAGUCCUCGCAGCCCGAGCAGCAGUCACAGCCAUCACAGCCCUUGCAGUCCUCGCGGCCCGAGAAGACAGAGACCAAUCUGGCCGUGGGGCUCCAGUCUACUCUGACGACUUUCUUGGCCGAAACUCCCUUUGGAAGCGAGACUGUCAUUGAUUAUUUAGCCAAGAAAGGCUAUAGCCGCACAGAGGCCAUGCUCCGGAUGGAAUCGGCGAACCAAGAGAUCGAUGGUCGACCCCUCCCUCCUCUUGGCGAAGAUGCUCGCCCCAAGUUUAAGCAGGGAUUCGAUCUUCUGAAGACAUGGGUUGAGGAAAACCUCGAUCUUUACAAGCCGGAACUCCGUCGAGUGCUGUGGCCACUCUUUGUUUAUUCCUUCUUGAACAUGAUCACCUCUUUCUACCCACAAGAUGCGAAGCAAUUCUUCGAGACAAACAAGAACAUGUUUCUGCCAGAACAUACGGAUGACAUUCGGGUCUUCGAACCCAUCAGUCUCCCAGAGCAUGUCCAGGCCAAUUCAGUAGCCAAACUCUACCGCACUAACAAGUACCGCAUUGUCCUCAGCAAUCCUGCAUACACCAAUCUUCUGCAGUUCCUUGAAAGCAAGGAAAAAGAAGGAGGAUCGGUGAUGAACGCAAUUCUGAGCAGCUUCUGCACUGUCAAGACCAUGGACCGCGCCGCCGAUGAUAGGUUCAGUUUUGCUACGAUGCUCGGUCAGAUCGGAGCAGGCCAGUCUUUUCCUGCCGAGGACGAGGGUAUCCCCGGUCAUCAUCCCGGCUCGGCUUACACUGGUGAUAAUCCAGCCAUGGCAGGUACUCUGCCUCGACUUCGUCUCGGAAAGAUGCCAAUGGAACCAGCUUUGGAGGAAGACGUGCGUGCUGAACUCGCCGACGAGGAUGCCAAGGAAGCUCCUGUUCCCGGGCGUAACACUCUUGUUCAAGAGUUCGAUCAGAUGAUCAAGAAGGAAGAAGAUGACGAAGCCCCCACCCGCGCGGACAUCCCUUUUCCCCCUUCAACUGCUCGGGACGUGCGCAUGGAGGUUAUGAAAGUCAAGGAAAACCGCGAUCGGUACAAGAUCGAGGGACGCACUGGUGGCGUGGGCCCUGGUGUUAGCGUGUGCAUGUUCACUUUCCACAACACUUAUGACGGGGCAAACUGCCUUGACUUUUCCGACGACAAUGUUCUCGUGGCUGCCGGGUUCGAACAGUCAUAUAUUCGUGUCUGGACUCUCGAUGGCAACAAUAUUGAAGCCGCGUACCCUGAAAUGGAUGACCAACCCCCUGCUAAUUCCCGUCGCUUGAUUGGCCACUCCGGCCCUGUUUAUGCGGUAGCCUUCCAACCCUCAGCUACGCGCGCCGAGAACGUGGACCCUGAUGACUAUGUGCCUACCAAUGCCCGUUUCUUGCUCUCGUCUUCUGCGGACAAGACCAUUCGACUUUGGUCUCUUGAUACCUGGCAAUGCAUGGUUGUUUACAAGGGUCACGAUCGACCUGUCUGGGACUUGUGUUGGGGACCAUUUGGUCACUAUUUCGUUUCAGGUGGGUCUGACCGGACAGCCCGCCUCUGGGUUACAGAUCAUAUUCGUCAGCAGCGCAUCUUUGUUGGCCACGAGCAGGAUGUGGAUUGCGUGUGCUUCCACCCCAACUCUGCGUACAUCUUCACUGCUAGCUGUGAUCACACGGUUCGGAUGUGGGCCGUCACUACCGGAAACGCGGUGCGUAUGUUUACCGGUCAUACUGGCAACAUCACCGCCAUGGAGUGCAGUCGCGACGGGAAGAUCCUUGCCUCUGCCGAUGAUCAGGGCUCGAUUUUCCUGUGGGAUCUGGCCCCUGGACGACUGCUGAAACGUAUGCGUGGACACGGAAAGGGCGGGAUCUGGUCUCUCAGCUGGAGUGUCGAGUCGACUGUGCUCGUUUCGGGUGGUGCGGACGGAACUGUUCGGAUUUGGGACGUGACUGGCCCCCAAGACGCGAACCAAGCUCGGGCGGUUGGCGAAGGCUCUGGUGCUGCCAAGAUCGAUCCCAGUAAUGCCCCUGCGGGGACCGCGGCUCAGAGCAAGAAGAAGAAGGGCAAGGAUGUCGUGGUGACUCCAGAUCAAAUCAGUGCCUUCCCGACCAAGAAGACCGCCGUGUACAAAGUCAAGUUCACCAACAUGAAUCUGGUUGUGGCUGGAGGUGCAUACCUCCCCUAG